CUGACAAGUCUGCGGCAGCGCUACCAGACUUGGAGGGGGGACAAGGCAGAGGGAUGGACUCCCGGUACCGAGAGGGACACGGGGGCCGAUCCUAGUGACGCCUCGGCGGCCAGCAUGUCCCCUAAUCCAGUCUGACUGCAGCCCUCCUCCCUCCCGAGGGGACCACAAUGACACCCUGGUGAGUGGAUGCACACACUGGACAGUCAUUCACAGGAUGCCCAUCGAGAACCGGGCCAGGAAGACGCUCCGGAACUGCCCCCCGUCCUGCGGUGCCGUGGACCCGACGCUUUCUAACCACCCUCCUGGUGUCAGUGUACGAUGGAGAGCUCCAACGGCUCUGACACCAGACCCAGCCAGCACCAGCCGGAGAAGAAGAGACCGAACCGGGUUUCCUCCCCGGCCAGACCGUUCCUGAAGGAUGUCCACGCCUGCUCAGCCAAGCCGCCAACUAUCGGACCCAAAUCCUCCAAACUCGGCAAGCAGCUGCAAGCUCCGAGCCGCGGCUCCAGACGUAACAUCACCCCGCUCAAAGAGAAGCCUGCCGCGGCCAGGAGCAGCACCAAGGCCGGAGGGACCAAGCCCAACAGGCUGCUCCAGCAUGGAACACCGGCCGCCGGCAGCCCUGUCCUCGCUAAGGCCAAGAAGGGGAAGCUCAUCCCCAUCAGCCAUGGUUCCCCUGUCAGGGUACCGACCGGACUCCUGGUUACCCAGACCGACAGCAGCUCGGACCUUUCGGACUGCCCGUCCGAGCUGGCGCCGGCGGCUAGCAGCGACGCGGAGUCCGGGACCGGCUCCAGUGACCGGGAUCACCUGGGAGCGGACCUCCCGGCGAUGCAUGCUGCAGCCGCAGUGAACACCAGCGAGCCUAAUCCGGUUCCCAAGGGGUCAGCAUGUCCCGUCCAGUCCGGUCCCCGGGUCACUGUAGAGAAAGCCAAAGCCACGACGAGUGCACAAGGAGGAGGCAAGUGCGGCACCGACGACGACGACCUGCUGAGGGAGAUUGAGGACUUGAGAUCUGAAAAUGAUUAUUUGAAGGACGAGGUGGAGGAGCUGCACGCCGAGAUGGAGGAGCUGCGCGACACCUACAUGGACGAGGAGGUCUACCAGCUGCAGGAACUGCGGCGGGAGCUGGACCGCUCCAACAAGAACUGUCGCAUCCUCCAGUACCGACUGAGGAAGGCCGAGCAGAAGAGCCUGCGGGUUGCACAGACGGGCCACGUGGACGGAGAGCUCCUGCGCAGCCUGGAACAGGACCUCAAGGUGGCCAAAGACGUGUCCGUGCGUCUCCACAACGAGCUGGAGAGCGUGGAGGACAAGCGCAGCCGGGCCGAUGACGAGAACGAGCAGCUCCGCCAAAGGAUCAUCGAGGUGGAGAUCUCCAAGCAGGCGCUGCACAACGAACUGGAGCGUGCCAAAGAGACUGCACCAAAGCGACGAGGGAUCUCCUUUAAGGACAAGAAAUCCACUAACCAGGAAGACAGUGCUGACCUCAGGUGUCAGCUCCAGUUCUCCAAAGAAGAGUCGAGCCUGAUGCGUAAAAAGAUGGCCAAGCUGGGCCGGGAGAAGGAUGAACUGGAGCAGGAGCUGCAGAAGUACAAGUCGGUUUACGGCGACGUGGACAGUCCGCUCCCUCUGGUCGAGUGCUCCAGCGGCGGCCCUCACUCCACGCGGGAGGCCGAGCUGCGACUGCGCCUCAAACUGGUGGAAGAAGAGGCCAACAUCCUGGGGAGGAAGAUCGUGGAGCUGGAGGUGGAGAACCGCAGCCUGCGGGCGGAGAACGAGGACAUCCGCUGUCAGUACGAGCGGGACUGCUUCGGCCGGGAGCCCUUCUCCAGCAUGCCUUCGUCGCCCUACGGCGGCGACGUGCUAGAGUCUGCCGGCGAGCUGCGACGCCACCUCCAGUUUGUGGAGGAGGAAGCGGAGCUGCUGCGUCGCUCCAUCUCUGAGAUCGAGGACCACAACAGGCAGCUCACCUCCGAGCUCAACCGCUUCAAGUUCGGGCCGAAUAGCGGAUCAGCCAGCGAGGAUGGCAGUGAUGGAGGACUCUUUAAAACAGGCAACGGCUCCAACGGAGGGAUGAUGAUGGAAGAGCUGAAAUCCGCCAGGAUGCAGAUCAACGAGCUGAGUGGAAAGGUGAUGAAGCUGCAGUAUGAGAACCGGGUCCUUCUGUCCAACGUCCAGCGCUGUGACCUGGCAGCACACCUGGGCCUGAGAACCGGCAGCCCUCGAGACAGCGACGUGGACAGCGACGCAGGCCGUCGCGAGGCCGCCGAAGACGAGGAGGCAGGACGCCUCCUUCUCCUCCAGCCAAAGAGAGAAGGCCCUAUAGGAGGGGAGAGCGACUCUGAAGACCUCUUUGAGAAAACCACCACCACGUCAGGGUUUGGAAGUGUCCGACCUUCUGAUGGCGUUGAGCUCAGUGCCGCAGAACUGGCCAACCGCCCCCGAGAAGAGCGGGAGUCCUUCGCCAACGUGAAGCGGGAAGCUGACAGACUCGGGAAGUCUGUGGACCGCCUGAUUACCGACACAGACAGUCUGAUCCUGGACGGCGAGCUAGUCGUGACGACGGUGGAAAGUCCGCACAGAGGAGCUGCGGACCCCCAAGUCCUGGACACAAUCAACACGCGUAUGAAGGCUUUCCGAACUGAGCUGCACAUCUUUGUGGAGAAGCUGGAACACGUCGGGGAAGGACUUCGGGAAAGGACGGAUGACCUCUCCCCGAUGCCGAACCUGACCGAGUCCAGCAGCUUCCUGUCCACCGUCACCUCCAUGUCUCGAGAUUCUCCCAUCGGCACUUUCGGGAGAGACCUGGUGACGGACUUCCAGUCCGGUCAGAGGGAUGAGCUGGAGUGGCGUGUAGGACAGAAGCGAGGCGUGGAGCCCCACAGCCAGGGUGGGAGCAGGGGAGCUGCCAGACUCAAUAGGUACCACGGGCCCCUGGUUUUAAGAGCAGAGCUACGGGAGGCGCCCGCUGCUGACGCGCACCAGCUUCGCGCGGAUCACGAGCGAAGGACGAGAGUCGCGUCGGACGAACGGGAAACUGUCGCCUCGCUGCCGCAGGAGGAAAAGCGGCCACAUCCCGAGACGCAGCAUGCAGCUCUGCAGUUGCCAGGCCUUCAGAGUCCGGAGUCUCCCUGGGCUCAGGAGAAGGCGGCGCUGCAACAAGAAGUCCGUCUCUUUAGACGCAACACGGCCAUCUUCUACAUGAAGCUCAGGUCCAUCCUGGCGCAAUGGAGGCUCGGACGCAAAGUCGAGGAACUCGACGAGGGCGCGCAGCCAGAGUUGGGGGAUGUCUCUGAGCUGAGAGGCGUGAUGCAGCAUGGCGAUGGCGACGGGUCCAAACCUGCGUCACCUGAUGCACACCUGCCGCACCAACAACAGUUCGAUGAGAACCGGCGAAUGCUUCAGGCGCUGCGCACCCUCCUGGAGCAGUUCCGGGAGGAGCUGCGUGAGGAGGAGGCGCAGCGCUGCCAACUGCAGCAGGCCUACGCCAACGACAGAGCCGCCUGGGAGGUCAAAUGGGCCGAGAUGAAGUGCCAGUUAGCACAGGCAGAGGACGAGGGGCGAGGCAAAGUGAGAGGCCAAGCUCAGGGAGGCGAAGGAGAAUCGCCCCGAGAACCCGAUUGGGCCCUGAAACAGGAGCGAGAGGAGCACCGGAGCCUGCUGGCUGAAAGUCACAACAUCUCGCUGGAACUCCGCUGGAGGCUGCAGCACGGCGAGAAGAGGUGGAGCCGCGAGAGGGCCGAGCUCCUAGAGCACUUCCAGCACCAGAGGCAGGAGUGGGACGGCGGCACUCGGGAGCUCCACCAAAAGAUUGAGCAGCUGCUGGGAGAUCAAAACAGCCGGCGAGGCGAGGGCACCGAGGACGCUAGCUCAGUCCAAGACACCCCCUGUAGUGGUCUCCGCUCGUCCGCCCCUGUGUUGAUCCCGCCCGUCCGCUCCCUCUCCGACUCUGACGCCAAACUGGAGGAGCAAAGAGGGGGCGCCAUGCGGCUGAGAAGCCCAUCCAAAAUCCCCUUAAUGGACGCUCUCAGCAGCCUGGAGGCCCCUCCGCCCUCCAGACUGGAGAGUGAGAAGAGGUUCCCCUGCAUUAAGGAGUCCCUGAAUGUGCUUUCAGAGAGAGAAGGGCCUCAUGACGAAGAGAUGAGCGGCGGCAGUUUGCUAAGAGCCAAGUCAGUGUGCUCCAUGAGCGACUUCCAGCGUCUGAUGGACAGUUCGCCAUUUCUGCCUGACAAGAUGCGUCACGAUGAGCGAGGCCAAGACGACGUCACCCCGCCCCUCUCCCCGGAUGACCUCAAGUACAUCGAGGAGUUCAACAACAAGGGCUGGGACUUCCCCAUAUCCACCGCCAGCCCGGGUCCCGCUCAGGAGGCAUGGAGUGGCAAAACCCCGGAAACGCGAGCAGGAGAGCCAGUUAUGGAUUCCCUUCAACCAGACUCCUGGUUCCUCACCACCAGCGCCAGCAUGCUGACCACUACCAGCACCCUGACCAGCCCUGAGGUUUUUAACAAGUCUUCAAUGAGUAGCACCGGGGCCGGCGUGGUGGCGGACAAUUACGAGUUCCACAUCCGCCACAGCCCAAGCAGACCUGGACCAGAUGAGCAGCCCAUAGAGGAGUCUGACAUGCUCUAUGCAAAGGGAGGUAAAGGGAGAGAUGGGAUUGAGGCACCCAGUGGUCCAGAUGAGGUGUUCCCCAAUGGGCGCUGGCCAUGUGGCCUUCUGGAGGCCGGCAGCCUAAGGACUCCUCCGAGCCAGUCCCCUAUUUGCUCCACAGUGGGCUAUGCCUCCUCACUGGAGCUGCAGUUGGCUCGGAAUCUGAGUGAUGACAUGAAGGAGGUGGCCAUUUCUGUGAGAAACGCGAUCCGUCCUCUACCGGGGCCCGUGGUCCGGGACACGGCCUGCCAGACCAAUGGUUUUACCACACGAGGCACUCAGACCACGCAGACUAUAAGCGUAGGUCUGCAGACUGACCUCCUGAGGAACCUGACCAGCAGCCCCCACCGCUGCCAUACCCCAAAAGGGGGCAGCACUCCCAUCUCGUCGCCAUCACGGAACACGAGAAAGGUCCAGUACUCGCCGGUCAUCCAGAGUAAGUUUGAGCGGCCCUGCUGCUCGCCAAAGUACGGCUCACCCAAACUUCAGCGCAAGUUGUCCACAUCCAACAAGGCGGAGCUACCCAACGCCAGCCGUGCUGCCACCCCUACCACCCCCCAGAAGGGCAACAGCGAGUCGGCGUGGGCCAGAUCCACGACCACACGGGACAGCCCGGUCCACACCACCAUCAACGACGGCCUCUCCAGCCUCUUCAACAUCAUCGACCACACCCCCGUCGUCUACGAUGCCAUUCAGAAGUUCAACAAGUCACCCAGCCGCUCUCACCCUACGCCGCCCCCCACCACAGAGCCCAGCGCCGCCCCCGGGGCUCUCGCCACUGACCCUAGGAAUGAAUACACACGGACCGCCAGGGGGCGCUCACCCAGCCCCGUACAGCUGAUAGUAGAAACGCAGGGUGACCGGAAUGUGGAGGUGGUGAGCAUUCGUCAGGACCUGUCGGCGCCCCCGGGGUACACGCUGGCCGAGAACGCGGCACGCAUCCUCAACAAGAAGCUGCAGGAGCAGACCUUCCAAGACGAGAAGAGGAUGCAAGCCGGAAGCCCGGGAAGCAAGAUGGCCGACCUGGAUAGAGCCCAGCCGGGCUGCAUGGAGGACCUGCCCCGCUCUUCGGUGGCCCCGCCCCUGGACGCCUGCUUCCUGAGGCCGGCCCGCCCGGCCAACCGCCGCCCCCCCUCCCGCUGGGCUAACCUCUCGCCCCCCUCCUCCUCCUCCGCCCUCAGGAGGAGGUUCACCUUCCCACCGCCGGGGUGCCGCGAGAGCAUCUUGGAAGGCGAGGAUCUGGCGUGAUGAUCCGCUACCUCUGAUACCAUCUCUAAGCCCCUAAGACUCAGAAGUCCAAACCUCACCUGAGAAACACCAGCUGACCCUUUUUGGGGCAAAAAAAACCGGAACUUCUUGGUAGAAGAACCUGGAAUGUACUGUAGUCAUCAUCCUCAUCAUCACGAAGAACAGAAGUACAAAUAUCAUAUUCAACAUUUCCAUCAAAGGUGCCUCGUUUGUCCGUCCGUCCGUCAGUGCGUGCGCCAUCUUUUUAUUCAUUGUUUACUUCAAUUUGUUCUAGAGAUGUCCGAUAAUAUCGGGCUGCCGAUACAGGUCACGCUGAGGGUGGCCGUAUAAACAACCUUUAACACAGUUACAAAUAUGCGCCACACUGUGAACCCACACCAAACAAGAAUGACAAACACAUUUCGGGAGAACAUCCGCACCGUAACACAACAUAAACACAACAGAACAAAUACCCAGAACCCCUUGCAGCACUAACCCCCGCUAUCCCCCCAACCCCGCCCACCUCAACCUCCUCAUGCUCUCUCAGGGAGAGCAUGUCCCAAAUUCCAAGCUGCUGUUUUUCCUUGUUACAUUGUUCAAUGCAUCCAGCGGGACAUCACAACAAAAUUAGGCAUAAUAAUUAGAGAUGUAAUAUCGGAAAUUAUCGGUAUCGGUUUUUUUUAUUAUCGGUAUCGGUUUUUUGGGGUUUUUUAUUUUUAUUUUUUUUUAUUAAAUCCACAUAAAAAACACAAGAUACACUUACAAUUAGUGCACCAACCCAAAAAACCUCCCUCCCCCAUUUACACUCAUUCACACAAAAGGGUUGUUUCUUUCUGUUAUUAAUAUUCUGGUUCCUACAUUAUAUAUCAAUAUAUAUCAAUACAGUCUGCAAGGGAUACAGUCCGUAAGCACACAUGAUUGUGCGUGCUGCUGGUCCACUAAUAGUACUAACCUUUAACAGUUAAUUUUACUCAUUUUCAUUCAUUACUAGUUUCUAUGUAACUGUUUUUAUAUUGUUUUACUUUCUUUUUCAUUCAAGAAAAUGUUUUUAAUUUAUUCAUCUUAUUUAAUUUUAUGAAUUUUUUUUUAAAAGUACCUUAUCUUCACCAAGCCUGGUUGUCCAAAUUAGGCAUAAUAAUGUGUUAAUACCACGACUGUAUAUAUCGGUAUCGGUUGAUAUCGGUAUCUGUAAUUAAAGAGUUGGAAAUAUCGGAUAUCGGCAAAAAGCCAUUAUCGGACAUCCCUAAUAAUAAUGUUAAUAAUUGUGGCGGUAUGGCUCGGUUGAUAGAGCAACUUGAGGGUUCCAGGUUCGAUCCCCAGUCACUGCCGUUGUGUCCUUGGGCAAGAAACUUUUUUACCCACCUGCUCCCAGUGCCACCCACACCGCUUUAAAUGGAACUUAGAUAUUGGGUUUCACUAUGUAAAAGCGCUUUGAGUCCCUAGAGAAAAAGCGCUACAUAAAUAUAAUUCACUUCACAAUUCACAAUGUGUUAAUUCCAGGACUGUAUAUAUCGGUAUCGGUUGAUAUCGGAAUCGGUAAUUAAGAGUUGGACAAUAUCGGAUAUCGGCAAAAAAGCCAUUAUCGGACAUCUCUAAUGUGUUCUCAUCUUGUGUCCCAAACCAAACUUCUUGUGGUCAGAAGCAGAGACACUUGAUGUCAUAUUUCUAUCGCGAUGUUAACGUUUGUGUCUUUCCCUAUGGUGUCAGGGAAGAGAAUGUUACGUAUCUUUGAAGGCACUUGUCCAACUAUCUGUCCAAUGUCUGCAUGCCUUGGGGGACACUAGCACUUUAGUGCACGUACAUAUGAGCGCUAGUCACUGUUACUAUAUUAUAAAAAAAAACUUGUUUUUUCUCUGUUUUUAUAGUCCACUGCAACUGUCAGGAUGUAUUUGUACUCUCUACUCUGUUGGACGUGAUCUCCUUUCUUUGUUUCCACAAUGAAAGCAUUAAAAAAAAAAAGAAGAAUGUUUUAGAUGAUAAUCUAUGUCCAAACCUAUAGUCUGUUGUAAAUAAUCAAUGGCAAUUAAACUUGAA